AUGGCUCUCGAUAACCAGCAGAGACACUCGAUGCACACUGGCUUCCCAUUCCAACCACCUUCAUCACUCGGCAGCCAAGUACAGUUCACAAACCCUUGGACCUCAGGACCAACAGCACAACACCUAAUGGCUUCAUCAAUCCCCGAAAUUCGCGGACUGGGUUCGAUCGUCAAACCAGAAAUGCGAACGUCCGUAUCAGCACCAUACCAGAACGGCAUUCCAACAACAUCAGAAAUUCCAACUUCCAACCCUGGCAGGCAUAUCACCUCAAAUAUGCUGUCGUCCCACCCGAACGACUUUUUGAAGUCAGAAAUGUUGAAUUUUGGAAACAGCAACUCUUUUACGGGUGACAUGAUUGAAGCACCGCGACCACGGCAAAACUCUCUUAUGGAGUGGACCACGAGCAGCACGGCGAGGCCGAUCGUUCAACCUCCCCGGAGUACAAACAACCAAUUCUCAGACACCCUCGACUCGGCUCGAGGGAUGGUUGCCAUGAGCCAAGCGCCACGGCAGCACAGGCAACGGGCAGACGGCUUCUACCCUGGCCACUCGACAAACUCGUCAAUCUCGUCCACAGCUUCGUACAACGGAUACUAUGGGGGCGGAUCUGUAGAUUCGUCAGCAACAGACUACUCAGAUCCGGCCGGGUUCACAACGGAAGGGUCUCGCCCAUCGCUACCUAGACCUAGCGGCAUCCAGUCAGUACCUGUGCAGGGCGCGCUCAUGACAACGUUUAGCUCAAAGAUCACAUCGAGCACACAAAAGAAGCACAAAUGUAAAGUUUGCGAUAAGCGAUUUACAAGACCAAGUUCUCUGCAAACACACACUUACAGCCACACUGGCGAGAAACCGUUUGCAUGCGAGGUCGAUGGCUGUGGACGAAAAUUCUCUGUUGUCUCUAACUUGAGAAGACACAAGAAGGUUCACAGCGGUAAGAACCAAUAA